AUGGAUGUUGUGGUUCUCCUCCAUGAUGCCAAGCCUAAUGUGGCAAACAGGACCGCCACCCGACUGCAGUCAUUCGGAUGGGAGAUUAUGGAGCAUGUGCCUUAUAGUCCAGACUUCACCCACAGUGACUGCCACGUGUUCAAUCCACUGAAGAAGUUCCUGGCAGGCCAGAGGUUCAUUUCUGAAGAUGAUGCAAAAACCGCUAUCCGACAGUGGUUCCACACUCAACUGGCCGAAUUCUACAACAGCUGCAUCUCCAAACUAGAGGUGCGAUGGGACAAAUGCCUGAACUGGGGUGGGGACUAUGUGGAAAAAUAG